AUGCUGGAUUCGCAACAAAUCGAUUUGGGUCAGCAACCUAAGUUACCAACUUCCCUGGUCAAGAUUUUUGAAGCAGUUGCAAUCAGAUCAUCAUACCUGAUGAAGGCCUUGAACAGUGACCACUCAACAGCAGCUUCGAACGAGAAGUUGGAUGUGACAGAUGCGACAGCAAUUUGGACUGCUGUUGUUCUGUUGUUACAGACGCUGGCACACGUUAGCUCUGACCUGUCCGCAAAAGAGGCUUUGCUGAAGAAUGGGCUACUCGAAACAGCAAUCGCGUUGCUCGGUGCUGCAAACACCUAUGUUCCAAGACGAACAAUUAAGCAUUCCUCAGGUGGUGUCUCCUCUUCUCCACUCGACCCUACAGCUGAAUCUACCUCUUCCCCUGAAUCAAUGAAAGCAUUUGCUUUUGUCAAACGUGACACAGUGCGAUUACUCAGUACACUGUGUUACAAGUCACGGUUCGUGCAAGACGAGGUCCGCCGCCUUCACGGAAUUGAGUUGGUUCUUAGCCAGUGCAAUGUUGACGAUGACAACCCCUAUCUGCGAGAACAUGCGGUACUCUGUGUCAGAAACUUGUUGGAGGAAAACACAGACAAUCAAGCACUGGUGGCGGAAAUGGAAGCUAUUAAGGUUAUGCCAAGUGAGGCUCUUGAGGGCACAGGAAUCACGCCAGUAGUAGGUACAGAUGGCAAGGUUAAGCUACAGGUGGAUAAGUGA